AUGUAUUUUCCCAAAGUCCCAGGUUUUCUCACCUUUCUUAUCGCUACGGGGGUAUUCGCCGGUCUUCACGAAUUUGCCAUCUGUGUACAGAACAGGCAGGAGCAGCCAAUCGGUGGCACGCCUUUUAGUGUUAGCUACUCGUGGGCCAAGUCAUACAGCAUUGAUCAAAGCGCUACAAAGUGCGCCUGUGAUUACUACAAACACCGUAAUACUGGCAAUCAGCAAUGGGAUAAGUGCCCUGACUGCGUGUUUGAUCCAAACCAACUCGUGUGUCACUCGGCUGGGAAACAUAUUGGUGGAGAUGAGAUGACCUACUAUUGCUCCAAGAAGUGCAAUUCUGAAGGUGCUGAAGGGAGCUAA